AUGUCGUCUCCAACGCAGCAGACUUCCUUCGACGCAAGCUUGCCUCAAGAAUGCGCCACGCCUGUCUUCACCACUGAGCCCAAUGGCAUCGACGGCACCCAAGACAUGACUCUCAACCUCGUGCAACAACUCAUGGCCAGAAUGGGAGAACUCGAAAAUGAGGUCAAACAGGUUAAACAAGUCCUGCGCGAGUCGGAGAGCAAAUCGUUGAGUAGUGCGCAGGAGGUCAUGGCUUUGAAGAGGGACUUACUUCAAGUCAUCAAUGAGAGCUUUGAUACGCGCGCAAAGGUGGCGGCUAUGAGGUCCGCGAAGGACGCCCGCCGAGUGGUGUUCGGUACGACGGAGCUUGUGGAGAAGAUCCUUGCAGAGGUACCCAUGAAGGAUGUGGUCACUUCUGCACAGCGCAUCAACAAGUCUAUCAGCAACACCAUCAAGUUCUCACGCAUUCUCCAGCGGACUCUUUGGAGAGUCAGUGCAAAGGACGGAGGGAAACUGCCAAACGGAACUACCUUGGCAGACCAAGCAUACUGCUUUCCCGGAUUAUGGCACAAGGUGAUGCCAAGUGUCGCGCAAUUGACUGUGGUGGAGCGUCUCAGUGUUCACAUCCAAGGCCAUCUUGUCUUCGUUCCAGCUCAGCGACUCCUGCGAAUCGGCGUUGAUCUGGAUACUUCACGUCCUGUGGACUACACACAGUCAUUCAUCAAGACGCGGAUGUUUUCUCAAGAUCCUGGUGUCAACAACGGCACUAUUGGUUUCAAAGUGCGGAUUGCAUACGAAAUCUCCCGCGCGGAACUAUCGAACCAGGAGCGAUUUCCUGCGACWCACUCCACGACAGUCCAGGCGGCUAGUGGGGCUUCACAGCACGUUGCCAUCAAUACACCUCCUGAAAAACGCAUACCGAAACACCCAGCGCAUUCCGCCCGGAUUGUCGCCUACGUAGUCACCACCGCAUCGACUUUUGGAGAUCUCUUGCGCGUUGCUGAAGAGAUCCGCCGCGGACAUCCAAAAGACUGGCCUUCCAGCCUCGUUCCGCAACGUUCUUUACCGAACACUUUUCCCGUUUGGGCCCCCGGAGGUAUGGGCRGUCUGCGUGGGACGGACGAGCGCGCUGUCGAUCUGAUGACUUCAGUUCCAACGUACCGCCUGGACGGAGAGACUCCAGAUGUGUGGUAUCGCGCUCGCUCCGUAGCUGUCAAGAAAGCUUGA